AGCGUCCCUCACCAAUCCAUCCCCCUCUCUAACUUCAGAAUAUCGGCGACGCUGUUGCAGACGUUGCAAAGUCGUUGCCCAGGUCUAAUCCGUCAAAGGCUUUUCGCUUCCGGACAACCGUACACACUUUACUAUGGCCCUCACAGCCGCUGACCUCCAGAGGAGGCAUGAGCUCGAAGGCGCCCCGGAUCCUUUCCCAGCUUUAGGCGAUUCUAGUGCACCUGCCCCGGCGCGUCCCAUCGGGUCUCCCAAUGGUGAACUCAACACCGACUCCCAAGAGGCGUUCCCGUCCUUGGCACCGUCCACUGCACCGGCAAAGCAGCCCGCGACCUCUGCCUGGGGCGCUGCCGCAGGUCCUCGCAUCAAGACCACCACGGUGUCGGAUUCCAUCACGCUCUCUGCCAUUGACCUCUCGACCGUCGGCAAGGAUGGCAAACCCACUACCCUUAGCGAGGUCAUGAAGCAGGUCAUGCAGAAGUUCAAGGUCAAGAUAGAUGCGUCUACGAACCAGAGGACCAAGCAGACGACCUUCUUCCUCAAAUCGGAGUCGCAGAAGGAACUGGACAAGGCCAAAAGGAGCCUGACGGCUCUUCUUAGCCCUGUCGUCUCCUCGGUCAUCAACGCACCGGCGUCUACCAUUCCUACCGUCAUUGGGCCCAAAGGGGCGACCCUCAAGCAAAUCCGUGACCAGACUGGCGUCAAGGUCGAUAUCCCCCGCAGGGAUACCGAGGUCAAUGGCAAACCUAACGGACACGCUGCCGCUGCCGAGGAUGAGGAUGAGGAACCGACCAUUCCGAUCACCGUCACAGGACCACAGCCCUUGGUACUGGAAGCCCAGGCCAUGCUUAAUGCUAUCAUCGCGACCAAGACUUCUAAGGCUACUCAGCGCGUGCGCGACAUCCCUGCGCACAUUUUGCCUUUUGUCAAGGCUCGUCGCGAAUUCUUCCAACAGGCCGCUCAGGGUGGAGAAGUGAGCAUGAAUCUCAACGCAGCUGCUCGCGAGAUCACCGUCAGCGGUGACCGCGAGGCCGUCAUUCGCGUCGUGGAAACCAUCAAGAGCACCAUUGAGUCUUUCCGGACAGGUCUCACGUCUUUCAAGAUCCAGCUCCAGAAGAGGCAGCACCGUCUUCUCGGUGGAAAGGCUGUUGACGAGAUCAUCGCGAAGAGCAAAUGCUCCGUCGUCAUCCCUGCACCGGAAGACCCUAGCGAGGAGGUCACCGUCUGGGGUCUGGGUCAGGAUCUCGCCAGCGGUAUGCAGGCUGUGAUGGAGAAGGCGAAUUCACAGUACAUACACGAGUUCCCUCUUCCUGGUCCUAUCUCCCUCUCUAGGCAGUACUUGACGUAUAUGACUCGCGUUGGAUACCCGAAGACUUUGAGUGCCGCGCACCCCGGUGUAUCUGUGUACACCACCCCUGAGGCGCUGGUUCCGAAGGCUCAGGUCCUGCAUGUCGAGCUUAUCGGAGAGAAGCCUGCCGUCGACGGUGCUGUGAGACAGGUGUCUGAGCUCAUGGGUAAACUCAUCGGCGCCACUAAGGAGAUUCAGAUCGACUGGCUCCUGCACCGCGUUAUCCAAGGCAAGAACCCCAAGAAGUUCAAGCAGUUCCAUGAGGCGCACAACGUUCGCGUCUUUUUCCCUCUGGAGUCGGCUGAGCAAUCUUCGGUCCUUUUAGUUUACGACCCCACGUCGCCCAACGCUUCCCCCAACCCGGUCGAGAAGGGAAAGCAUCUCGAGGACGUCGAGGCAGAACUGCUCAAGUUGGCUCGUGACGCUGCCGAUGUCAAGAGCAAGACCAUAUCUGUAGAGAAGCGCUGGCACGACGCUGUCGUCGGACAAAGCGGGACUACCUUGAAUGCGAUCAUCGGCGAGGACAAGACGCUCUCCAUCAAAGUCGGUGCUGAUGCUGGCGAUGCGAGCACCGAGGACAUCAUAUUGAUACGUGGUGCCAGUGCUGACGUCGAACGCGCGGCGAAGGAAAUCUUGCAGAUCGUGGAGAACGCCAAGAACGACGAGAUCGUCAACAGCUACUCGACCGAAUUCGAGAUCGACAGAGAGUAUGUAGGACGUAUUGUCGGUGCUGGCGGUGCUGGCGUCAACAGGAUCCGUGAUCUGCUCGGUGUCAAGGUCGAUUUCAAUGACGAGGCUGAUGAGAAGGAGAAGGAGGGAAAGAAGAAGAAGGCAGCUCACUCCAAGGCCAAGGUCAAAAUCACUGGCCGGAAGGAGAAUGUGGAGGAAGCCAAGAAGCGGAUCCUCAGCCAAGUCGAGCGUCUUGCGGAUGAAACCUCAGAAAUCCUCAAGAUUCCCCACCAAUACCACUCUGGCUUGAUCGGUUCAGGCGGGAAGUAUGUCCUUCGCCUUGAAGAGAAAUAUGGUGUCAAGAUCACUUUCCCUCGUGAUACGGGCGAUGCUGAUGGCAAGACCAGAGAGAACCUCAAGGCCGACGAGGUUCUAGUCAAAGGCGGUCGGAAGGGUGUCGCCCAAGCGAAGUCCGAGCUCCUGGAGGCUGUCGAAUUUGAGAAAGAGAACAACAAUAUCGUCAAGUUCACUGUUCCUACUCGCGCUGUCGCUAGGAUCCUUGGCAGAGGUGGAGCCAGCAUCAACGAAAUCAAGGACGCCACCGAUACGCAGAUCGAUAUCGAGAAAGGACCUGACGACGUGACUCACAUCCAAUGCCGUGGUACUAAGAAAGGCAUCGCUGCUGCGAAGGCUUCCAUCUUGGAAAUCGCGAACCAGGUCGGAGAAGAGAUUACAGCCACGGUCCACAUCGAACCGAAGUAUCAUCGGAACAUAAUCGGUGCUGGUGGGCAAGGCCUUAAGGAUCUCAUCGCUCGCUGCGGCGGCCCUGCGGACCAAAAACAGCAAGCAGGUCUUAUCCGUUUCCCUCGUCAAGGAGAAGCGGUCUCCGACGAAGUGCUGCUCCGUGGUGACGGCAAACUCGUGAAGAAACUCCAGGCUGAACUUGAGAAGAUUGUCGCAGUGCUGAGAGACCGGGUAGUAUUGGGUGUUGAGAUCCCUGCCACCCAGCACCGUGCUCUCAUCGGCCGUGGAGGCGCUCACUUGAACGAUCUGCAGAGCCGUACGGGCGCACAGGUCCAGUUCCCUGGUUCUCGAUCGUACAACCAGACCGGUGAACCUGAGAAUGCUGAGGAGCUCAAGGACGUCGACCCUGCUAACCUGGUGAAGGUAACUGGUCCACGUGCAGCCUGUGAGAAGGCUAUCGAGGAAUUGAAAGCGAGCGUUAAGCCUGCCGCUGCUGCGUUCGAAUCUGUCCAAGCCGUUGUCAAGGUGCCCCUGAAAUAUUAUCACUUCGUUACUCAGCAAGGCAACCUGUUCCGGACGCUGCGCUCUUUCGGCGUCCAUGUCGAGCAGUCUAGGCAGCCAACGAAGCCUGGGGUGCCCCCGCAACCUCCUCGGGAGGGUUCGACUACCGCUCGUAUCGACGAUGUGGAAAGCACCGGGACCACUGAAGUACAGUGGCAAGUGGUGCCUAACUACGAGAAUGCGGAGGAUGGCGAGUCCGAGUGGACUCUGAAGGCUCGUGAUCAGGCAGGUCUUGAAAAGGCCCAGAAGACGAUCGAGGAGGCGAUUGAGCAUGCCAAAGAAAUGACUCACGUCGGUUUCCUCACUCUUACUGAUCGUUCUUCCUUCCCAAGGAUCGUCGGUGCUAAGGGUGCCAAUGUCGCCCGCCUACGUGCGGAAAGCGGCGCCGACAUCAUUGUUAGUCGGGAAAACAACACCAUCGUCAUUAUUGGUUCUGAGAGUGCGCUAGAGACCGCUAAAGAAGCCAUCCUGAGGAUGGCUGCACCUCGGGGGCGAGGACGUCAAAAUGAUUACUAGUCUGGUUAAUUAAGCAUUAUAAUGGAUACAUCUAUGGGUAUGGUGAACUGGUUUGUGCUUCCUUUAUUGCAUAUUUGUCUGCGUGAUGUCAAUAUCGCAUUGCUGUCCUGUUAUACCGUAAGCAUCAUGAGUUCGGGAGGAUCAUGGACUCACAACCAAAACAAAAGUUGACGUUAGGCUGGGUCACCACUUGGAGUCUACUGUAAGCUUUAAAAAGCAAACAUUUGCUGGGACCAUGUAUUAUGGAACGAUCGAUAUCUUGAUUUCACAUUUCACAUGUGAAGAAGGAAUUAUAACGAUUAUAACAAUUAUCUGUUGCAUUGAGACAUAACGCAGGUCUACUACAACCACUUCAGGUCCUCCAUAACAUCCUCCAUCCGCCCACAAAGUUGAGAAGCGAGAUCCAUCAGACAAACACUCCUCUCGCUGGCAGACAUCCACCGAGCUCAACGAGCCCAACAGAAAAACCCCGCCAAACGUCCUCGAGUUCCUCCGAAGAGGAACAUGUUCUCAGUCAUACGAGGGAGUGCGGAUGUCAUCGAAUGGAUUUGAAGGAUGUGGCAUGUGUAAACAUGCGAGACUCGAGUUAGUACCUAU